AUCAAAAACAUUUAAUUUUAUGGUGAAAAACCUGUUCGACGCGAUAUUAAUGCCAAGGAUUCUUAAUCAUGGAAGUAUUCAAUAAACUGUACACUUCGGUAACGCAAACCGUUUCGCAAUUGUCGUCAGUUUUACCUGGAAAUCCCGUAACAAGAGAAUACGACAUAACUGGACAUAUUGCAAGCGCCGGAAGGGGAUGUAUGUGGAAAAUUUACACGGGGACUAAAAAGUCAACAGGGCAAGAAGCAUCAAUAUUUCUUUUGGAAAAGAGAUUACUUGAGCGAUAUUCUAAAGAAGACAGAGAAGAGAUCUUUGAAAUUGUGAGGCGUGGAGUAACACAAAUUACGAAAAUUCGCCACCCACAAGUACUAACAGUGCAGCAUCCACUGGAAGAAAGCCGAGAAAGCUUUGCUUUUGCAACGGAGCCUGUUUACGCCAGCUUAGCUAACGUUCUUGGUGAUACUACAAAUAUUCCAUCGUCGGUGAUAUCCGAGCUUGGUAACUACAGUUUGUACGAAACAGAAAUUAAGUAUGGUCUGUUGCAACUAAUCGAGGGAAUCCAGUUCAUUCAUAAUGAAACAAAGUUGGUACAUCGAAACAUCAGUCCCCACAGUGUGGUGCUGAAUUCUUAUGGAAUUUGGAAAAUAUUUGGUUUUGACUACUGUGCCAGCAAUGAAAACGCGAACCGAUACGAGUACAAUCCCAAUCUGAACAUUCUGGCUAUUCCAAGCUUGGAGUACACGGCUCCGGAAUGCGUACUGGAAAGUGCUUACUCUUCACGUGCUGACUACUAUUCAUUAGGUGUGCUCAUAUGUGCAAUAUAUGCAAAGAAAUGCAAUCCAUUCAAAACUUUCGGUCGAGACUACACGGCAUUUAAGAAACAUGCCCAGGAAUUGCGUUCGGCGAAGUGUCCUUGUCUGAUGAAUGUGCCGCAGGCAAUGCGAAGUAACGUUGAAAAGUUGCUGACUGCCAGCCCCGAGCGAAGGCCCGACUUGGUUCAGCUUAGUAAGGUACCCUACUUUGACGACAUUGGAGUGAAAAGUCUCAGUUAUUUAGAUACGCUAUUCCAAAGGGAUAACCAGGAUAAAGCUAAAUUUUACAAGGGCUUGCCGCAGAUUAUAAAAAUGCUUCCUGCGCGGAUCAAUCUACAUCGAAUACUAACGUGCCUCGUAAAAGAGUUCAUCCAUCCAACAAUGAUACCGUUCGUUUUGCCAAACGUACUGUUGAUUGCAGAGAGCUGUACCAAGACGGAAUACGAGAAGCAUAUCUUUCCACAUAUAAAAUCCAUCAUGAGUUUGCAGGACCCAGUUCAAAUUCUGCUCAUAUUCAUGCAAAAUAUGGAGCUACUGCUGAAGCUGACUUUGCCCAACGAUGUGAAGCUCUACGUUCUUCCGAUGGUGUACAAAGCCCUUGAAUCGAGCUCUACACAAGUUCAAGAACUAUGCCUAGCGGUUCUUCCAUCAUUUGCAAAUCUAAUCGAUUACCCUUCAAUGAAAAAUUCGCUGUUGCCACGCAUCAAACAUCUGUGCUCGAAAAGCGGUGUUGCAUCAGUUAGGGUAAAUUGUCUCUUGUGCGUCGGGCAGCUGCUUCCUCAGUUGGACAAGUGGCUAGUCUUGGAUGAUAUAUUGGUGUUCUUACCGACUGUGACCCCGCGGGAACCGGCAGUCAUCAUGGCAAUCAUAGGAAUAUAUAAGGUAGCUGCAAACCAUGAAAUGCUAGGAAUUCCAAAGGAGUUUGCUGCUAACAAGGUUCUACCUUUCCUAUGGCCCUUGUCGAUUGAGCAUGGUUUAACGUCACAACAGUACAAUGUAAUUAUGGCAUUCGUAACCGAGCUAUCUAGCAAAGUACAGGCAGAACACAUGAGAAAACUUGAACAACUGAACACAGGGGGCUCGGACAGCAGUACAUUGCAGUACAACAUUUUGGCAUCAUCGAAGACAGAAAGUUUAAGUUCAGACGACAAUCCAAUUGAUAUAAUCACCAAAGAUUUCGUCGACAAAUCCAAAAUUGAAAAACCUCCAUCUAGGCCACCGACGCUGAGCGAGAUGAAACCGUUGGAAAACAGUACCUCGAAGAUGAAUGCAUUGGGGCCUAUCAAUCCGUCAUUUUCGUUACCCACCCCGUCAGCUCAAUUUGUGCCACCAUCCACAUUCCAGAAGAUGCCGAUGUGGCAACAGCAGCGAACCAAUGCUCAUUACAAUCCAACCAAGGCAUACAUGAAUGGAAGUCAGUCGUUUGAUCACUUCCAAGCACUUCUACCACCUACGAAUGGCAACAAUUUUAACAAUAAUAUUCCAUCAAAAACCCCACUUCUACAGCCCAUGAGCACCUCUCGGAGCAAUUGCACUGGUUCUAGUCAAUCCAGUAAUAUAUUGACGAAAGAAGACAUACUUGAAUUUUUGAAAUAAUUGAUGUAAACGUGGUACCGUAAGGUCACCAUCCACCGCUCACGUAGUCUCCCUUCACCGACCGCUCACUGUAUAAUUGUUUUUAUCAUUUUUCUCAUAACUUGCAUAUUGUAGCAAAUUAUGAUCAAUGAUACUACUGGUAUUAAUAGUAGAUAUAUUGUUGGUAUUUGUUGUAAUUGUAUGUAUGUUUGCAGUGAGCGGUGAAUGGUGACCUUACGUUAAAUUGCAGUACUUUUAGUUGAUUAGGACCAUUUAACUGAUAGAGUCGUUCGAGUAUAAUACAUUCCAUUCGUGUCAAUAUGUCAUCCAACUAAGUAUUGUUUGUUGAACGUUCAUUUCUCUGUACGUAGGUAUAUUAUGUAUCACCUUCAGGAAAGUCUCAUCCUUCAAUGUAGAGCAUCCCCAGUUCUUACCUUGUCCGUUAUAACCACAGUUCAGUCGAGGACAUUUGCAGGAGGAUAUAAUAAAAUGUUUUUACGAAUCAAUGCGUAGAUCGCCGAACCAACUAAAAUAUGUCAAAUGAUCCCAAGUCUGAAAUAAAACGUAGAAACGUAUGAAAUAAAACGUAAGGGGCCUCCCUUAGCUCAGUAGGUAAAGGCGCAGCUACAAAGCAAAACCAUGCUGGAGGUGGCUGGGUUCAAUUCCCGGUCCGGUGUAGGAAUUUUUCGGGUUGGAAAAUUUGUCGACUUCCCUGGGCAUAAAAGUAUUAUUGGACUUGCCACACAAUAAUACCAAUGUAAAAAUGAUACAGGCAUCGAAAACUCUCAGUCAGUUUGAAAUGCGAAGAAGAAGAAGAAACGAAUUAUCUACCUAGAUAUAAAACAAAAUUUGCAUCUAAAAAUCUAUUUAAGAUGUAGGUAUUGCAGAUUGCGAGCCCUCCAGUGAUUUCAUUGUAAGUAGAAGUGAAACAUUAUAGUAAAUUCAUUGUAGAAAACACAAAAAAAACAGUCAAUCGCAACUGUGCAGCUGUAACUUAUCUUAUUACUUUUACAGUGAUAUGCUUUAAGAAGGAAUACAUUUUAUUACUAGCUCUGUUUUAAAGCAGCACAUAACAACAUUUAAUCCUAUU